AUGCGUGUGCACAUCCCAAAGAAGGUUAAGGCCAAGUGCGCUGCUAGAGACGGAAAAUGCAUAUACAAGUCUUUCAAGGAUGUACUCUACAUGGAGAUUAAUACGCAAAAGGACAGUGACAAGGUCGAGUACACACAGGUUGAUAACCCGCGUAUGCCAUCGGGUUCGCCGAUAAUUGGAUGGAUUGGCACUUUGCACGCCACGAUCUCUAUGGAGAGCAGUUCCGUGCAAUCUGGGAAGUCCGAGGUGAAAGCCAUGAAGAACACGACGGCUUCAACCUUGACGAGCUCCAAGAUAGUCUAG